AUGAGGUUUAUACUCUUGAUAUUUUUCUUAGAGUAUUCAAAUUUCUUUGGAGUUAAGGCAGGACUCUGCUAGGAAAACUUAUUUUAAAGAUAAAAGCAUAUUCUAAGAGGUCUCAAAUUAGAUGUAGCUUCAACAUUUCAUGGAUCAUUUUUAUCAACUGCAAGAACAAAUAUAUUUUGGAGAAAAGAUAUUGAUGAUAAUCCCUUAAGAUUUUCAUUAUACUAUUCUUAUCCUACAAUAGUUGUAGGACAUAUUGUUAUGCCUUUGGGUACUUCAGCUAUUGUAGAAUUCUUAUAGAGUUAUGAAAUUAAUACUAUUAGGUUUUGGAUGUGGGAAGGGGGUCAUAGAAUAACGAAUAUGCAAGUAUUUGUUAUAGGGGUUGAUGGGAUAACAGAAACAAUUGUUUUUGAUGGUUUAGCAUAACCUGCCGUAGUCAAAGCAAAGUUUUCUAGUUAAAUAGUCUCAAAAAUAAGAUUCUUCAACAGAGGAGGAAAUACAGUGGAUUCAAAUAUGUCAAUCAUCAAAAUUUAAGCUUAUUAUGCUUUUUGA